GAACAAUUGUAUAAAAAGAAUCCAUUUUAGCUCGGUCUAAUCAGUUUUGUCAUGAGAAUUGAAGGUCCACCAAACAAAUAUGGAGAGUCCUAAUGAUAUUGUUAUCACUGGAUUUGCUGGGCGAUAUCCGGAAUGUGACAAUGCUGAAGAAUUUAAAGAAGCUUUAUUAGCUGGGGUUAACUUGAUAACAGAUGAUGAUAGAAGAUUUCCCGUUGGUACACCAAAUAUUCCAAUUCCAAGUGGAAAACUUCGAAAUUUAGAUAAAUUUGACGCUGAAUUUUUUGGUCUCUCUUUUAAACAGUACAAUUAUAUGGAUCCUCGUCACAGAAUUAUAUUAGAGACAACUUUUGAAGCAAUAAUAGAUGCUGGUUAUAAUCCAAGUGAAUUGAGAGGAACAAAUACAGGCGUAUUUGUGGGAAUUUCAAUCAUGCAUCCAGGAUCAACUCCAGAUGAUCCCCAGUUUCCAUUCUAUUUGAUGAUUUCCAUGUACCACUGCCCUAAUACAAUUUCAUACUGUUUUGACUUCAAAGGACCAAGUUUAGCAGUAGAUACAGGUUGCUCUGCGUCCAUGUAUGCUUUCGCGCUUGCUUACGAAAAAUUAAAAUCCGGUGAAAUAGAGCACGCGAUAGUAGGAGGAGCUCAUAUUGCCUUAUCACCUGCUGAAACUAGAGAGUACGCCGUUCAACAAGUUCUCAGCUGGGAAGGAAAGAGUAGAGUUUUCGGUGAGGAGAGAGAUGGAUUCGUUAGAUCAGAAAUAGUAUGUACCUAUCUUCUACAAAAAAGAUGUAAUAGUAGAAGAGUUUAUGCGACCGUAUUAGGGUCCAAGACUAAUGUUGAUGGAUAUAAAAGCCAAGGACCCAGUUUCCCGUCUGGUGAAAUGCAAUGCAGGUUAAUGAAGGAAAUUUAUUUCAAAGCCAAUAUUAAUAUUGACGAUGUUUCUUACGUUGAGAUGCAUGGAACAGGUACCCAGGCUGGGGACCGCGAAGAAGCACGAGCACUUUCUAUAAUGUUCGCGAAAAAGAAGCAGCCUCUUUUAAUUGGAUCUGUAAAAUCUAACAUGGGACAUUGCGAAGCUGGUGCUGGUUUGGCAAACAUGAGUAAAGUUAUGAUAGCCUUCGAAACUGGCGUUAUUCCGAAAAAUAUAAAUUGGGAACCUUUGGAUACGACUAUACCCGGUAUUAAUGAUGGCUCCCUAAAGGUCGUGACAAGUAAUACGGAUUAUCAAAAUGGUUUGGUAGGAAUAAAUUCGUUCGGCUUAUUUGGAGCUAAUGCUCAUACAGUUUUGAAACCAGCACCUCCGAAGAUCAAAACACCUUUCAAAUAUCAACACAGAUUAGUUCAUGUGUCUGGGAGAACUGAAGAAUCGGUUAGCAGUUUUCUGGAUGAACUUCAGAAAUGUCCUCUCGACGAAGAAUGUUUCAGUUUACUAGAUGAAAUUCAUAAAUGUAACAUUGACGGGCAUGAUUACAGGGGCUAUACCGUUCUUGGAAGUAGCAAUGUCAAAGAAAUAGAAAAGUAUUCAUCAGGAAAACGGCCAAUUUGGUUUAUAUACAGCGGUAUGGGUAGUCAGUGGAUUGGUAUGGGAAAACAAUUCAUGCAUAUUGAAGUAUUUAGAGAGAGUAUUGAACGAUGUUCAGAAACUCUAGAGCCUUAUGGAAUUGAUUUAUUGAAAUUGAUUAUGGAAGAAUCAAAAGUAAUAAUGGACGACUCUCACAUAAGUACUUGUGGUGUUAUAGCAAUUCAAAUAGCAUUAACGAAUUUAUUAUCUUCUCUGGGAAUCAAGCCGGAUUAUUUUGCCGGACAUUCAGUGGGCGAAAUAGCGUGUGGAUAUGCGAACGGAGACCUAAGUAUAGAACAAACAAUCUCAUUGGCGUAUGGCAGAGGAUAUGCAAUUAAACAAGCUACUUGUCCUGAGGGGCAAAUGGCCGCUGUUGGUCUAUCAAAAGAAGAUUUAGAAUCGAUAAUCCCUGACGAUAUUUAUAUGGCCUGUUUUAAUAGUGAAGAUAGCACUACAAUUUCUGGACCAAAGAAUUCGACAAGAAUGUUUGUACAGAAAUUAACGGAAAAGGGUAUAUUCGCUAGAUUAGUUAAUAGUGGAAAUAUAGCUUUCCAUACUCCAUAUUUGAAUAAUGCUGAUAAAUACUAUUUAGAUUUUGUAAAUACAAUAAUAAAGGAUCCAAAGCCCAGAUCAGAAUGUUGGAUUUCAACUUCAGUACCACCUGAGAAAAAAGGCGAACAUUGGACAAAAUAUAACUGUGCUGAGUAUUACGCUAGUAACUUCAGAAAUCAAGUGUUCUUCAAAGAUAUUUUCAAGCAAAUCCAUAAAAAUGCUAUUAUUGUUGAAAUUGGACCACACGCGUUGUUGCAAGCUAUAUUACGUCGUGCCAAAUCACCUGAAAGUACCUUGAUAGGCUUGGUAAACAAAACUAGCAAGGACCAAGAGGAAUAUUUACUCUCAUCUAUUGGAAAAAUAUUCAAUGCAGGAGCGCAACCAAAUUUGAGAAAUCUCUACAAUGAAAUCCAAUUUCCUGUGAGAAGAGGAACGAAAAUGUUAGCACCUCUGAUAAGAUGGAAUCAUAGUGCUUCGUAUUACGUACCACUAUUUGAAAACAAACGAAACGCCGGAAAAAAUAUAGUGAUUAGUUUAUCAGACGCGAAAUAUGCUUAUUUAUAUGGACACAAUAUUGAUGGUAGAAUUUUAAUGCCUGCCACUGGUUAUUUGGAGCUUGUGUGGUCCGUAUUUUCAGAAAUCAAUUUGAAGAAACAUACAAAAAUGCCUGUUAUUUUUGAAAACGUAGGAUUUGUGAGAGCAGUCGUUUUAUCAGAAAACGCAAAUGCUGAAUUCGCAGUGAAUAUAAUGAAGUCGGGAAAUUUCGAGGUGACCGAGAAAGGUUCCGUGGUAGCAACAGGAAAAAUCCGGGAAGCAGAGGAUAUAGAUGAUAAAUUCACACCACAGGAUAUAUUUGCAAAAUCGAAAGAUAAGAUAAAUACCAAUGAUGAUUAUCCAAACAAGUUGAAGCACGACGAUAUCUAUAAAGAACUAUUUUUGAGGAGGUAUUGUUACGAGGGAUUAUUCCGGGGCAUAUAUGAAUGCAAUUUCGACGGUUCGUAUGCCAAACUACAAUGGAAUAACAACUUUACUGCUUUUAUGGACUGCAUGGUGCAAUUGAUGUUGAUAGAAAGAAAAAACAGAGAUCUUGUGGUACCCACUAGUAUAAAGAAAAUAAUAAUCAAUCCUACGGCUCAAACACAAUAUCCGAAAGACACAAAUAUGGAAGUAUUUAGAAAUGCUUGUCAAAACAUAAUAAAAACUAAAGGCAUUGAGUUGUAUUGCCCUCAAGUGACUGUUAUACCUCGCCGUAAGAAAAUCCAAAGUAAUCCAUAUUUGGAAAGUUACGAGUUUGUACCAUAUAACUCUCUUUUGAAUACGGAAUAUAAUUAUAGCCAAUCAUUGCAUAUAGCAUUAAGCAUAAUAUUGCAAAAUGUGAAUGGAAUAGUGAAAACGAUAAGCAUUGCGGAAAUUGAAGUUGAUGAUAUAACAACGGAUAAAACUGUAAUUGAACAAAUCAAAAACUUUUAUAGUGGUAAAAUAUUAGUCGUUACAAAAUUUUCAAAAUUAAAACCACCUUUCAAUAAUGAAUUUGAUAUAUUGGUUGUUAAUGACAUAUUACUUAAGACAUAUCGAGAAGAAAUCAAAUCAGUAUUGAAUAAGGAAAUUUUUAUAGUAUGCACCGGUAAUUUGAUAAGCGAAAAUCUUAACGAUUACGAAAUAGUUUUCCAAACUGCUAGUUUGACAUUGCUCCGUUUAAAGAGCUCUAACAUGAAAUAUGCGGAUGCAAUUGAAGUAAAAAAUCACGAGUUAAAAUGGGUAGAUAAAUUACGAGAAAUUUGCAGAAAUGAACCUAAAGAAACAGUAGUAGUAUACAGUCAGAAUGAAGUAACCAGCGGAAUUCUUGGACUAGUUAUAAACUUGCAAGUUGAGACAAGAACGCCGUUCAAAGCAUUCAUGAUAGACCAAGACAAGCCGAAAUUUUCACUCACGGAGAAGUAUUACCAAAAUCAGCUAUCUAAAAACUUAUGCUUGAACGUUUUGCGUGAUAAUGUCUGGGGUACGUUUGUCACUUUUCCUUUUGAAGAUAAAAGACCUGUAUCAACCUUAGUAGACAAUGCUCUGAUUUCUAUCCAUAUACCUGGUGAUAUUAGUUCACUUAAUUGGACCGAAGCACCAUCUAUAGAACGAACAUUGAAAGCUGAUGAAAUAGUAAACACUAACUAUUUAGCAUUGAACUUCAACGAUGUUAUGAAGGCUAUGGGAAAGAUGAAUAUUGGUGAAACCAACGAAAUGCUUCUAGGGUGUGAAUAUUCAGGAGUGACAGAAUUCGGCAAGAAAGUUAUGGGUAUUAUCGAAGAACCUGUUAGAUUACGAAUUCGUAGCGAUCCUUAUUUCACAUGGGAAGUUCCAAAAGCAUGGAGUUUGGCGGAAGCUGCAACUGUACCAGUUGCUUACAUCAAGAGUUACUAUGGACUCAUUGUGAAAGCUGGUAUGGAAAGAAAUGAAUCCAUUCUUAUCCAUUCUGGUUCCAGACCAAUGGGUAUUGCAGCUAUUCGUUUGGCGUUAGGUUUAAAUGCGACUGUUUUCACUACCGUCAGCACGGAAGAGAAGAAACAAUUUUUACUUAAGCUUUUCCCUCAACUGAACCACUCUCACAUUGGCAGUUCGAAUGAUGGGACUUUUUACAACAUGAUCAAAUCAGAAACAAGGGGUCGAGGAGUGGACAUAAUUUUGAACACUUUAACCGGGGAACUCUUCCAAACAACUCUGAAUUGUUUAGCAAAAGAAGGUAGAUUCGUAGAAACCAAUAAAAUGAAUCUAAAUAACGAGAAUGAUUAUUCCAAUAUAAUCAUUAAUACUACAAGUUUCAUUGGACUGAAUAUGUAUGAACUACACGAGAAUAUGACAAUGAAAAUGAAAAUUCACAAGCUACUUAAUGAAGGUAUAGUGUCUGGCGUUGUGCAACCAAUCCCGCACACAGUUUAUGAAUCAGAUGACCUCCAAACAGCCUUCAAUAAAUUUCCGACAACCAUUGGAAAAGUAUUAAUCCAAAUUAAAAAAGAUGUCUUCCAACCUCUCAAAAUUCCAAUCCAACGUAGAUUAUUCCUCAAUUGCGACAAAGUUUAUAUAAUUAUUGGAGGAUUAGGUGGAAUGGGACUUGAAUUAGCUCACUGGUUAUUCAGUAGAGGUGCACAUAAAAUAAUUUUGAAUGGUAGGCGAGGAGUAUGGAACGGGUAUCAAGCAUAUUGUUUGAAUAAUUGGUCUCAACUGGGAUAUAAAGCAAUCGUUGAUUUAAAUGAUUCUACAACGAUGGUUGGAACUGAAAAAUUGAUAGACAAUGCUAAAAAGUAUGGACCAGUUGGUGGUAUUUUUCAUUCGGCUGCUACUCUCCGAGAUGCACCAAUAACAGAACAAACACAACAAAACUUUGAAGAAGUAUUUAAACCAAAAAUUGUUUCCUGUGAAAAUUUGGAUCAAGUUACUAGAAAAAAGUGCCCUGAAUUAGACUUUUACGUAGUGUUCUCCUCGCAAGUAUCAACGAGAGGACUUCUAGGUCAAGCAAACUAUGCUUUUGCUAAUUCAUCUUUGGAAAAAAUCUGCGAGAAACGCAGGAUGGACAAUUUACCGAGUUUGGCAAUGCAAUGGGGACCGAUUGCAGAUGUUGGAAUAAUCGCUGAUAAAUUCCACAGCAUGACUAUUUACAACUUGGAAAAUCAGAGAAUUGAGUCCUGUUGGGAAACGCUUGAGACGUUCAUGCUUAACAAGGAUGUAGUUGUUGGUGUUCCUACAGUAUUCUCAACGACGGCUCAAUCAGAUAAGAAAAAAGGAAGCAGUCCAGUAGAGACCGUCGCUCACGUUUUGGGUAUAAAAAGUGCAGUAAAAGACAUCGACCAAAACAAAACUUUAGCUCAGUUCGGGAUUGAUUCCUUGAUGUCGGCAGAAGUUAAGCAAAUUAUUUUCCAGAAUUUCAAAGUAGAUAUGCUCACAGAAGACAUAGCAAAACUAACUUUUGCUGAUUUGAAUAAUCUCAUGAGUCGAGCAUAAGGUAUUUACUCCCAGGGAUAUACUUGAUUGGAUGAUGUUAUUUGAUGUAGUGCAUUGUAUGUUAUAUAUUGGAAUAUAUAGUGGUUACUAUGUGGA